UAGCGCGCGUGACAUCAUCACAUGAAUAUUACCCGGGAAAAAAAGCCACUGGUGACAACAACCUGCAACACAUCAGCACGUUUGUUCCGUCCUUCCCGUGAAAAUGCCGGUGACUUCGGACGUGCUCACCGAGGAGCUGCGCAGAGAGGCUGCAGGUAAAGUGGAGGACCGGAGCGAGCCGGCUGCAGCGGAGCAGACGAAGAAGAACUUCGGUGUUUUGUGUGAUGAACGCGGCUAUCUGGAUCAGGUCGAGUACAUCCUGCAGCACGGCCGCAGAAAGGGGGACCGGACCGGGACAGGAGUCCUGUCUGUGUUCGGUACACAGGCCAGAUACAGUCUGCGAGACCAGUUUCCUUUGCUGACGACCAAGAGAGUGUUUUGGAGAGGGAUCCUAGAAGAGCUGCUGUGGUUCAUCAAGGGGUCGACGAACGCCAAGGAGCUCUCGGAGAAAGGGGUGAAGAUUUGGGAUGCCAACGGCUCCCGGGACUUCCUCGACAACCUCGGGUUCACAGAGAGGGAGGAGGGCGACCUCGGUCCUGUGUAUGGAUUCCAGUGGAGGCACUUUGGUGCAGAGUACACAAACAUGCACGCAGAUUACACGGGACAAGGUGUCGACCAGCUGCAGAGCGUGAUCGACACGAUCAAAAAGAACCCCGAGGACAGACGCAUCAUCAUGUGCGCCUGGAACCCCAAAGACCUGCCCUCCAUGGCGCUGCCCCCCUGCCACGCCCUCUGUCAGUUCUACGUGUGUGACGGCGAGCUGUCCUGCCAGCUGUACCAGCGCUCGGGUGACAUGGGCCUCGGCGUGCCUUUCAACGUCGCCAGCUACGCGCUUCUUACCUACAUGAUCGCACACAUCACAGGGCUGAAGCCGGGCGACUUUGUUCACACUCUAGGAGACGCUCACGUCUACGUCAAUCACAUUGAACCUCUAAAGACACAGCUUCAGCGGGAGAUCCGGCCGUUCCCCACGCUGAAGAUCCUGAGGCGAGUGGAGCGCAUCGACGACUUCCGCGCAGAGGACUUUGAGAUCUGCGACUACAACCCCCACCCCUCCAUUAAGAUGCAGAUGGCUGUGUGAGAAUGUAAUUGUGAUGAGGAUUUCUGUCGUAAAUCUUCUGAUGUAUUAUUGGCUCCAUUUUCCUGAGGAGGAACUUUUGGGAUGGUCAACAAACUGCUGGUUAGAUGUGUUUCCAUUUUUCUACUUUAAAGAUCUAAUUUGUAAAUAAAGAAUUUACCUUUUGUC